CCGGGAAGCCGCGGCUGCUCGCUGUUGGCGGGGGGACCAGCGCGGACGCGGGGGCGAAGGGAGCGCGGACGGCACAGCUGCCCGGGAGUCGCCGAGACCCCGGCCUGCGCGCAUCCAAGUGAGGGCUGCGCCCCGCCAGCCCCAGCUCCCGUAGCCUCCCCGCCUGCGCCCCACGGCACGCGCCGUACAGCCAUGAACACCAACGACGCCAAGGAGUACCUGGCCCGGAGGGACAUUCCUCAGCUUUUCGAGAGCCUUUUGAAUGGCUUGAUGUGUUCCAAGCCUGAAGACCCCAUAGAGUACUUGGAAAGUUGUUUACAGAAAGUCAAGGAGCUAGGAGGCUGUGACAAGGUGAAGUGGGACACAUUCGUCAGCCAGGAAAAGAAGACAUUACCCCCGCUGAAUGGAGGACAAUCUCGGAGAUCCUUCCUCAGAAAUGUAAUGCCUGAAAACUCAAACUUUCCUUAUCGACGAUAUGACCGGCUCCCUCCCAUCCAUCAGUUCUCCAUAGAAAGUGACACGGACCUGUCUGAGACUGCAGAGCUGAUAGAAGAGUAUGAGGUUUUUGACCCAACGAGACCUCGACCCAAAAUCAUCCUUGUCAUAGGUGGUCCAGGAAGCGGAAAGGGCACUCAGAGUUUGAAAAUUGCAGAGCGAUACGGAUUCCAGUACAUUUCAGUGGGAGAAUUAUUGAGGAAGAAAAUCCACAGUGCCAGCAGCAACAGAAAAUGGAGUCUGAUCGCCAAGAUAAUUACCAAUGGGGAGCUGGCCCCACAGGAGACAACGAUUACCGAGAUAAAACAAAAACUGAUGCAAAUUCCUGAUGAAGAAGGCAUUGUUAUUGAUGGGUUCCCAAGAGAUGUUGCCCAGGCUCUAUCUUUUGAGGACCAGAUCUGCACCCCUGACCUGGUGGUGUUCCUGGCUUGUGCCAACCAGAGGCUCAGAGAGAGAUUAGUGAAGCGUGCAGAGCAACAGGGACGGCCUGAUGACAAUCUGAAAGCCACCCAGAGGAGACUGGUAAACUUCAAGCAGAACGCUGCCCCGCUGGUGAAAUACUUCCAGGAGAAAGGACUCAUCAUGACUUUUGAUGCUGACCGAGAUGAGGAUGCCGUGUUCUAUGACAUCAGUGUGGCAGUUGACAACAAGCUGUUUCCAAACAAGGAGGCUGCGACAGAUUCAACUGACCUUGACCCUUCGAUGAUGUUUGAUGCUGGAGAGAUCGUUGACCCAGGAUCAGAUUAUGAUGAUCAGGAUCUGGAAUGAAGAGCAAGCCCUCAGCCACACCUGUGAGAGACGAAGCACUAUUCCCGGACCUUGGGUCCUGAACUGCAUAAAAGGAGGAAGCUGGCUGAACACAAGCAUGCAUCUCCUCCUCUCUGCAUCUGGACUGUAGAUGCACUGUGAUCCUGUCACCGCGGUUCCUGUCACCGCGGCUCCUGUCACCAUGACUCCUGUCACCGCAGCUCCUGUCACCACGGCUCCUGUCACCGCGGCUCCUGUCACCGCGACUCCUGUCACCAUGGUUCCCACACUCUGAUGGACAGCACCCUUGGACUGUGAUCCAAGAUAAACCCUUUUCCUUAAGUUGCUUUUGUCAGAUAUUGUUGCAGCAACAGGAAAAGGAACUAAGACACUUGGCUCAAAAUAUAAUUGCUGCUGAAAUAAAAAUUCCAUUAACAGUUUGAGAAGUUGACUGAACACAACUAAUAAAAGAGUGAUGGAGCAGAUGAAAUUCCCUUAAGAUGAAGCAGGAAGCUGAGCAGUUGUCUAGUAUGAGGAAGAACUCAGUAGACACUAAGGAUAGAAUGAACUAACAUGUAAACUGUGAACUUGCCAGAAGGAAAGAGUGAAGAUGAGCAGAGACUGUGUUUUGAUGGACAGUGGUUGAGAAUUUUAUAGGCAUGAAAAGGGAAAAUACUCAGAUUGAAAGAGCACACUCAGUCCAAAAAUAAGAAUUUAAAAAUACACUCUCUGCUAGUCUUUUUGCAUGGAGUCGUUGGGUGAAUAUUGAGUCUACAGUCCAGGUUCUGUUUAGGUGCCCGUGAUACACACUCAUGGACCAGAUGAGGACGUUUGCUCGAGGAGCUUGCAUCCUAUCCAGGAAGACAAUCAAAACAGUGAGCGUAACAUGUUAGUGAACCCUCUAGGUUGUCAGCUGCCAUAAACCAAGGGAAAGCAGAGCAGGGAAGGGGAGCUGGAGAUCUGGGGAGUGGGGCUGAGCACAGCGUUCAACAGAAUGCUCAACCAAAUGGAUGACCUUAGCAAAGAGGUGGGAUUCUGUGAAGGCAACGCACAGCGCAAGGCAUCGGAGUACAGGAGAUGAAAGCAGGGCCUUCCAAGUGGCAAGACACUGUCUACAGAAGGAAUAGAAAUCUGGUGGCAGCAGAUUAAACGCUGCACUUGCUGCCUGGACCACGCUAUGAAGCAGGUGCCAUGUCCUAUGAUUUACAGUAUGUUGUUACUAACCCUUACAACAGCUCAGGAGAGCAGCUCUGCUCAUCCCCAACUUAUGGCUGAGGAAAGUGAGGUGAGCGAUUGCCAGGACCACUCAGCUGACAGGCUACAGUCAGGAAUCAAACUUGGAUAUUCCAGGCACCAAAAUCUUCUUUCCACUCUAAAGGAGCCAUAUGUGUGGGGAGUGAUUCUGGAUCCACAUAAUUCUCAUGUGGUGUAUCCUAACCCUCUAAAACAUGUAAGCCAACCAAGUCAAAUUGGUGGAGACACAAGUUAUGUCUCACCGAUGUCUUCAUCUCUAUGGCUCAAGGAUCUGCUGGGAGAUAAAAUAUGACUUGGUUUUUACUGAAGUAAAAUAUAUACCAUUCUCAAAAACAACAGCUGUAGCUGGACGCUUCUCUGGUCCUACCUGGCCCCACGGCCCUGCAGCCACCUAUAAAAUAAUCACUCAGAUGCUUAUAUUAAUAUGAACUAGAUGGCCUAUGGUUCAAGCUUCUUGCUAGCUAGCUAGCUCUUAUAAUUCAACCCAUUUCUAUUAAUCUAUAAGUUGCCACAUGGCCGAGGCAUUACCAGACUGCUGGCAUCUUGCUGCUCCCUAGGCAGUGACUGGCGUCUCCCCUUCCUCUCCUCUCUCCUCUCACUGUCUCUCCUGGAUUUUCCCAUCUGGCUCCAUCCUGCCUUGCUAUAUCCCAGUGCAUCUUUAUUUAUCAACCAAUCAGAGCAACACAUAUUCACAGCGUACAGAAAGACAUCCCACAGCACACAGCAGCAACAACAACAGACGAGCCUGAUUUCAUCUGGGAGGCUGAACGGAAGUAGGCAGCCAGAUGGAUUUGACCAGCGGGCCACGCUUGGCUCAGCUCUGCUAUGAACCACUCCUUGGUUCUUGGUUUCCUCCUCUCUUAGUUUUUGACAUCCCUAGAUCUUCAUCUUUUCCCUUCUUUUAGGUGAUUGAAUUCCUAGGAAACUACAUGAUAUAGAUGUGACUGUUUCUAUGCCUUAUUGUACUGAUUUGGAAACUGAGGCACAGAGAAAUUAGGCAGUUAAUGCAAGGUCACAACAGUCAACAAGAGUCAAAUCUGAGAAGAAUUCAAGAGGUAGAACCAGAGUUCAAAUCCAGGAAGCUAGGGUCAGGAAAAAUAGGUUGGGCUGUGCUGGGAUACUAAAGCAAAAGCAAAAUCCAGUUGCUUUCUUCCCAGGGGCCUUUUAUGGCUGACUUCCAAAGACAUCAUGGUGGGCCAGGGGCCUGGGGGACUUGAGGAAUGAACUUUAACCAAACAUGACCUCACCUUGUGUUUGGUAGCAGUCAUAGUCAGUGACUCUAUCUAAAUGAUGCAGAGGUUGGGAAAUGGAGCAUUUGUGUGUCCAGGGAGGUGUGUGAGCCCCAGCCAGCCUGGCCUGCAAAGUUCCUGGGCUUAGCCUUAGGCUAUAGCCCACAGUCUGUGUGCUCCCCCUCUAAUUCUCUACUCACUUAGUUUUCAUUUCCCUGCCAAACUCUCCAUUGGCCCAUUACUCAAAUAUACGCCCAGCAUCCUGUCUGUGGCCCCUUACAUGUCACUGCGUACCCUCUCCUGUGUGGGGAUCCUCCCAAAGGUUUGGCUGUUCCCUGAGCUCCUUGGUAAGCUCCUGCUGCAUGUAUCUACCCACCAAACAGCACUGGUUGGAUUUCCCAUGUGCAUCUCUAGCUCAACACGUCCCAAACCAUCUUCCCCCACAAAAAUCUGUUCUUCCUUCUGUUUCCUCUAUUUCUGUGAAUGACACCACCAUCUCCCCAGCCACCCAAGCCAGAAACCAAGGUGCUUCCUCGUCUCUCUCCUUUCUGUCCAUCCCACAUUGAUUCAGCCAGGUAGGGAAUCAGAUUUCCUAUGCAGGAAUUCUCUCCAGUCCCACUGUUGUCCCUGCAUGAGCAUCUUCUCUGCCCUCUUGCCUGGAACUGCCAAACAGUCUUUCUACACUGGUCUUUGUAUCACACAAAAUGAUCAUUAUGAAAGCAAGCUCAACCAUGGCAGUCUAUUGUUAAAACCCCUCCUGGGUCCUCACUGAUCUCAGAAUCUCUUCAUGCAACACAUGGGACUUAUGAAUCAGAAUUUGACCUCUUCGUUGCUCUCCAAACUCAUCCCUGUGCCUGGUCCAGAUCUUUGCAGUCAUUCCAAAGCAGUCUUGGCAGUCUCUUCCAUUCAUAGAGGAACUUCCCCAGCCCCAUCACCUCCCUCCUGAAGAGCCCCUAAUGUGCACCAUAAUGGCCAGGCUCCGUUAGCUUACUAACAUGUCUGGUCAGCCGAAUGUGGUGGUGCAUGCCUGUAAUCCCAGCAGCAGUGAGGCAGAGGCAGGGGGAGCUCUGUGGGUUUGAGGCCAGCCUGGUCUACAGAGUGAGUUUCAGGCUCAAUUGGGCUACACAGACCCUUUCUCAAAAAAAAAAAAGCUGGGCGGUGGUGGCGCACGCCUUUAAUCCCAGCACUCGGGAGGCAGAGGCAGGCGGAUCUCUGUGAGUUCGAGGCCAGCCUGGUCUACAGCGCGAGAUCCAGGAAAGGCGCAAAGCUACACAGAGAAACCCUGUCUCGAAAAACCAAAAAAAAAAAAAAAAAAAACCUAACAACAAUGGUUGGGUCAUCUUUUUCAGGGACCCAUGACACCUUAAGUCACAAUAUCUGCCUGCCUGUCUUAGAACACGUGACGCCUCAUGCCACACAACCUGCCACACAACAUAUGCUCAACAAAUGGGAGCAGUGGGGCACUGAGGAGUCCUAGAACCUUGUUUCUCUUGUUAAAUCUGAUCCAGUUCUGUGCUCUGCGGUAGAACACUCGGAAUGCUAGAAUAUCUGCAGUCCACUGGUCAAUAAGCUCCCACUCUGACACCCCAGCCACCUAUGGUCAGACGAGGCAAGUCAGUGCCUGAGGGUGAGCAGCAGAGCCUCCUUGGAAAUGAAUUAAUUGGCUUCCCAAUCAGCUCAGUGCAGCCCACAGCCUUCCAGAAAAAGUAUCCGGACACCAUGCCAUUACCAAGCACACAGGCUUUCUUUUUUAAAAUGAUCUAUUUACUUUUAUUUUAUAUGCAUUCGUGUUUUGCCUGCCUGCAUGUCUGUGUGAGGGGGUCAGAUCCCCUGGAACUGGAGCUACAGACAGUUGUGAACUGCCCUGUGGGUGCUGGGAGUUGAACCCAUUCUGGAAGAGCAGCCAAUGCUGUCAGCCUCUGAGCCAUCUCUCUAGCCCGACACAGGCUUUCUUAAACACAUCGUGUGCCUGAAACACCUCCCUCAAUCUUCCUGGGACCUCUCUGUUGUCUGCAGAGGGAACAUGUUUUUAUUGGAACAAAAGAAAACUGUGGAAGCAAACCCAGGAAACAAAAGUAAAUCAGUUUUCACUGGGUGUUUCAGAAAGGCUAAAAGCUACAGAGAAUGAAACUGGAAACAUCAUUUACCCACUUCCAGAGUUAAGAAAUAAAACUGCAAGAGUUGGAAGGCAGCUGUGCACACCAUUGGACCACCAACACUGCACCACCCACACGAAACUGCAGAUGACAGAGGGCUUCUGUUAUCACUUCCAGGUCACGUCCUCUGGCCUCCUGGAGGCUUCCCUGCUCUCAGCUGCAGUGUUUAUCAGCCCCACAUCUGUCUUCCUGUUUCCACUGUAUCUAGAAUACCAGAACUAGGAAGGCAGGUACUUCAUCUCUUGAUCAUUGGGACCUAAAACAUCUGACAUGCGGCAGACAGGCAUUCAGAAACCAUUUAUUAGCUGUUAAAUAAUGUAUUCCUAAGCAAGAUAAGAGUUGCUUUUGUUACAUUUCAAUCCCCUUUACAUGCCCAUACUGUCCAUAUCCCAUUCUACUUGAUGUUUUUCUUCUAUCUGUGUUGAUAAUGCAGAUUGCUAGCUGCGUUUUGACUGUGUUGUGGCAGAACUACACAAAAUUAUAACACAGCUUGGUCAUCACUUCUUCCUGUGGUGGGUAAAGUCUCAGCUUGGUAAGGGCACCCAAAUGUUCACAGAGACCAGUGGAAUUGAAUAAAGGACUCAAAAAUUAAACCCACAUAGCCACAAAAGUGUCGAAAAUACAUGUUGGGGGAAAGGUGGUUUCAUUGACCAACAGUGCUGGGAAAACUGACUAUACACAUACAGAAGAAUAAAGCUGACCCUUAUCUCUUAUCACGCACAAAAUCUACUCCCAUGGGCUCAAAGAUCUUCAUAUAAAACUUGAAAAAUGCUAGAGAAAAUAUAGGACGAAUAUGUUAAGAUAGAGACAACGACAAAAACGUUCUGGAAAGGACUUUGACAGCACAAAGACACAGGGACUAGCACAUGGAAGAGCCAUUAAGGGUAGGAAGGGAUGGGGGAUUCAAUAAAAGCAAAGUAUGUCUGAAAAUGCGACAAUGAAACUUCUAACUCUGUACGAUAACUUUCAAAGGAAAAUAAAGCGGUGACUCAGAUGGCAUCACAA